CGGUCCGGGCCGCCGUGCAAGCCGCAGCCGGAGCUGCCAAGCGCCAGCGCCGCGGAGAUGUCGUCGUCGUCGUCGUUGCCGCCGCCGGCGGUGGGGGCCGCCAGCGCCGCCGCCAUCUCGGCUUCGGAGAAAGUGGACGGCUUCACCCGGAAAUCGGUGCGCAAGGCGCAGAGACAGAAGCGCUCGCAGGGCUCCUCGCAGUUCCGCAGCCAGGGCAGCCAGGCGGAGCUGCACCCCUUACCCCAGCUCAAAGAUGCUACUUCAAAUGAACAACAAGAGCUUUUUUGUCAGAAGUUGCAGCAGUGUUGUAUACUGUUUGAUUUCAUGGACUCUGUUUCAGACUUGAAGAGCAAAGAAAUUAAAAGAGCAACACUGAAUGAACUGGUUGAGUAUGUUUCAACUAAUCGUGGUGUAAUUGUUGAAUCAGCGUAUUCUGAUAUAGUAAAAAUGAUCAGUGCUAACAUCUUCCGUACUCUUCCUCCAAGUGAUAACCCAGAUUUUGACCCAGAAGAGGAUGAACCCACGCUUGAGGCCUCAUGGCCUCACAUACAAUUGGUGUAUGAAUUCUUCUUGAGAUUUUUGGAGAGCCCUGAUUUCCAGCCUAGCAUUGCAAAACGAUACAUUGAUCAGAAAUUUGUACAGCAGCUCCUGGAGCUUUUUGAUAGUGAAGAUCCCAGAGAACGUGACUUCCUGAAGACUGUACUGCAUCGAAUUUAUGGGAAAUUUCUUGGAUUAAGAGCAUUCAUCAGAAAACAAAUUAACAACAUUUUCCUCAGGUUUAUAUAUGAAACAGAACAUUUCAAUGGUGUUGCUGAACUUCUUGAAAUACUAGGAAGUAUUAUCAAUGGCUUUGCAUUGCCACUGAAAGCAGAACAUAAACAAUUUCUAAUGAAGGUUCUUAUUCCUAUGCAUACUGCAAAAGGAUUAGCUUUGUUUCAUGCUCAGCUAGCAUACUGUGUUGUACAGUUCCUGGAGAAAGAUACAACACUGACAGAACCAGUAAUCAGAGGACUGCUGAAAUUUUGGCCCAAAACAUGCAGUCAGAAAGAGGUGAUGUUUUUAGGAGAAAUUGAAGAAAUCUUAGAUGUUAUUGAACCAACACAGUUCAAAAAAAUUGAAGAGCCACUUUUUAAGCAGAUCUCCAAGUGUGUCUCCAGUUCUCAUUUUCAGGUUGCAGAAAGAGCCUUGUACUUUUGGAAUAAUGAAUAUAUUCUUAGUUUGAUUGAAGAGAACAUUGAUAAAAUUCUGCCAAUUAUGUUUGCCAGUUUGUACAAAAUUUCCAAAGAACACUGGAAUCCAACCAUUGUAGCACUGGUGUAUAACGUGUUGAAAACGCUAAUGGAGAUGAAUGGCAAGCUGUUUGAUGACCUUACUAGUUCAUACAAAGCUGAAAGACAGAGAGAAAAAAAGAAGGAACUGGAACGUGAAGAAUUAUGGAAAAAAUUAGAAGAGCUAAAGCUAAAGAAGGCUUUAGAAAAACAGAACAGUGCUUACAACAUGCAUAGUAUUCUCAGCAAUACGAAUGCCAACUAACAGCCUACCGCCUCUAUUGGGUAGGCACAGUUUUGUACUUUUUUGAAACAUGUAAAAAUUGCAAAGCAAACUUCAUCAGUAUAACUAAAAGGCCAACUCGUUUUUUUCUGGCAACUGUAAGUGAUGGACUAAACAGCCCCAUGCUAUAUCAUGGCCACAGUAUAUUGUAACCUCUGUCUAAUCAUUGAUUUAUUGUGUCACUUCUGAAGUUUCACAGAAAUGAAUAUUAUCAUCUAUGAUAUGAGUGAGAUAAUUAUGGGAGUGGUAAGAAUUAUGACUUGAAUUUUUUUGAUUGUGUUGCACAUAGAUCAGUAGUCUGCUUUGUAUAUUUUUCCCUUUUAUAAUGUGCUUUUCACAUUGCUGCAAACCUUAGUUAUAUCCUAGGAAAAUAUUUCCAAAAAGAAAACUAAGGUGCCAUCCUUUCCCUGCCCUUUGUCUCCCCAGGAACAUGAUGAUGAGUUAGUUCCCUGCCUAAGCCCACCUUCACUAAAGAUCUUAAUUGUACUCUGGAAUUUGAGCUUACUCUUAAAUCUCUAGGCUUUUAAAGCACAAACUAUAAAUAAAAUGGGAAAGUAAACCAAAAUUCUUCAGGCUGUCCCUCAUGAAUAUCCCCAUCAGCAGCAACGCCCUAGAGUGCACACAGGUAACUAGUGGCUACACAGGUAACUAGUGGCUACCCAGGUAAUGCUGGACUUGCCUCUCAAUUCAUUCCUCCUCUUCCUCCCCGAGGCUGGAGGCAGGGCCUUUCCAGUCCUCCCAAUCUGCCUUCCCCCAGGCCUCUUGACCCAGGGUGGAGGUUUUGAGUCCCACAAUGUGGUGAUGCCGAAUGCUAAUUGUCACUGCCAGCUUUAUUUAAAGGACAUGCAGUAGCCUUCCCCUGUAGAGUUCUGAAAAAGUUGACUACAUAGAGGCCUUGUAUGUUUUUACCUAGUCAAGUAUUUCUCACAUCUUUUGUUAUCAGAGUACCAUUCCAAUCUCUUACCAUGCAGUUGUGUGGAAACUGUUUUAUAAUGAAAGAUCUUCACUGGGGGAUUGAGCAGCAUUUAAUAAAGUCUAUGUUUGUAUUUUG